UCCGGAGCCGCGAGCGCCUGGCGGCGCAGAAGCUCCGAGUUUGGGCUGCAGAUGUCGGAUCCGCUGGCGGCUGAGGGGCCGGGCUUCUGGAGCCCCGCAGCCCGCCGAAGGUCGGCGGGCGACGUCGGGGACCGCCGGGGAGUGGAGGGGAGCCAGGAGGCCGCCUCAGAGAAUGAAGAUCUGGAAAACACCAAGGUCACCUCUUCGUUGGCUUGUGCCUCUGCUCCAGGACCCCAUUCCUCACCCUACAGGCCACAGAUGGUAUCUCCAGUGAGCAAGGACGCCACAGAAGAUCUGCAGAAAGCCCAGGCUUUGAAGCCUCAGGCUCUGGUGGAACAGGAGUUGCUGCCUGCAGACCAGGCCCAGGUCCUCCAGGAGAUGGCCAAGUACCAAGUUCCACAAAGGCCUGGAGACAUCGUUAUGAUCCAGUCUGAGCACACAGGGGCUGUAGAUAUUCUUUCAGCUGAUUUGGAAUCUGCAGAUCUUCUUGGGGACCACAGGAAAGUUUCCCCACCUCUGAUGGCUCCGCCAUGCAUCUGGACCUUUGCCAAGGUGAAGGAAUUCAAAAGCAAGUUGAGCAAAGAGAAGAACAGCCGUCUGGUGGUGAAGCGGGGUGAGGUGGUGACCAUCCGGGUACCUACCCAUCCAGAGGGAAAGCGUGUCUGCUGGGAAUUUGCAACUGAUGACUACGACAUUGGCUUUGGAGUUUAUUUUGACUGGACCCCGGUGACCAGCACUGACAUAACUGUGCAGGUCAGUGAUUCCAGUGAGGAUGAGGAUGAAGAAGAGGAAGAGGAGGAGGAAAUUGAAGAACCUGUCCCGGUGGGAGAUGUGGAGAGAGGCUCUAGGAGCUCCCUACGGGGUCGCUAUGGGGAGGUCAUGCCUGUGUACCGGAGGGACAGCCACCGAGAUGUGCAGGCCGGCAGCCAUGACUACCCUGGGGAAGGCAUCUACCUGCUCAAGUUUGACAACUCAUACUCACUGCUCCGCAACAAGACUCUCUACUUCCACAUCUACUACACUAGCUGAAGGACGCUACGCGGGUUUAGGCCAUAUCUGCUGGCUGAAGCAGGCUGCCAGCUGUGCCUCUUGUCUUGCAUAGGCAAGAGGAAAAAGUUGGUGUGAGGCUCCUGGUGUGGCCUCAUACCCUGCCUGGCAUGCCUGACUGGUGACCCCCUGUAGCUUUCUCCCCUUCUUGGCUUCUGCAGUUGGUGGUGUAGCGCCUCGUUCUGUGGUCCCUGACUCAUGCUCUUGUUGCUUCAGAUUCCAGCAAAAUCCCUUUUGGAAGGCACCUAUCAGGCAAAAGCCUAAAAGGAAGUAGAAGUUUGUAUAAAUGGAUUUGUGUUGGUACAAGGUUUAUUAUUCAGAUGGCUGCUUGCUCCUCUCCAGAGCCUAUAAUGCUGAUGCAUUUAGUGGCACACACCCUCUACUUUUGAGGUGCCAGAAGAGGGAAAAGCACAUUGCCUAUGAAAGAGCCCAAAAUCUUGGAUGGAGAAAGUUCUGUCCAGCCUCUCACCACUGCCAUAUUCCUGCCUGCUGGGUAUUUUUGGUUUCUAGCACAGGCUGGGAGACCUCACUGCCUUGGAGGGAUAGUAUCAUUCCUGAUGUUCAGAUGACUCCUCUUUUCUCUUUCCUAUGUCUGUGUUUUUGCCAUGUAGCAAAGACUUUCAUGCAAUCUAAAGUGGUAAUCAAUGUAACCUAAGAUCUGGGAAGAAAAGUGGCCUCCAUUGCUUCCUGUUUCCAGAGCUAGUUUCCCUUACCAAGGGUGCUGUCAGUUGAUGAAGAAAGGGUAGAAAUUAGAUACUAAACUGAUCUUAGAACCAACAACUUUGAAAGUCAAGUAUUACUCUGGUUUUUUUGUUUUGUUUUGUAUAAUCAAAGAUGGAGGGGUAUCAUAUAAGAGAGAAGGUUAAAAAGAAAACACUCCAUAUUUCCCACCAUGUUUUUUUUUUCUUCCCUGUCUUUAGGACAGAAGUGUUAUUCAGAAAUUUCACUUUGGAACCAAAUGCAAUGAAACCCAAUCAGGUUUCCAAAGUUUCUGGUGUUCAAAGUCCCUCUUAGGUAAACUUGACUAUGUUGCUGAGUGUAUGUGUUCUUUACCCGACCAAAGCUUGCAUUUCUCUGGUGACAGCCUUUCUCACUGUUUAUCCUAAGGCCCAGGGGUACUACAGAGUGCAGGUGGUGGUGUGCCAGUGGUCACCAGAGCACUUGGUUUUAGGUCCUUGGGCAGAGAGGGAGAACCAGAUGAGACAGGGACCUCAGUAAUCAUCUGUACCUCCUUGUUUCUUAUUCCUGUGUUAAGCCUGUUAGUCCUUUUGAAUUUUGAAUAAUUAGAUUUAUUUAUUACUUUAUUUAUGUAAUUUUAUUAGCACAUUUCAUUUUGCCUUUGAAACAGUUUCCAUCUGUUUCUCAGAAGGCGUCCUACUGCUCUGAGCCAUGAGCCUACCCCUUCUAUGGAGUUAAAGAGGCUGAUUUAGGAGAGUUUGAGAAGUGGUUGUGUUCAUAGUUAUAGGUCAGCCCUGUGAUGCUUUGGGAGGAGUCUCCCUUUCAACAUGGAUGACUCCAUAGCCCAUGUGCCUAAACCUAGCGCAUGUUUAGGCACAACCUUGCACCCCGCCAUGAGGAAUUCUGAGUUACGAAGGAUCUGCCUGAGUGCAGAGGAAGUGACUACCAGUUAGUGAUUAGCCAGUGAUUCCAGGUAUCAAAGUCCUUGCCUCCUCUGACACUUUUAUGGUGUUUCCUUUGGCUCAUUCCUUCAUUGUGUGGAUGCCUUACACCCAGACUCUCUACAGGAAUGGCCAUUUGAAGAGCAGGACUCCUCCCAGUAGGACUGAAGUAGCAUCUGUGUCAGGAACAAAGGACAUGCAUCCCACACCUCUGUUCCCCAGUUGCAAAGCCCAAGCAGAACAGGAGUGUGGGCUUCCGCAGCCUCACAUUCUCUGAGUGACAUCAACCCUCCAUUAUUUUAUCAUUGUAAGUGUGUUUUGUAGCUAGCACCGGUGGCUCGAGUGUAAUCCUAGCUACUCAGGAGGCAGAGAUCAGGAGGAUCAUAGUUCGAAGCCAGCCUGGGAAAGUAGUUUGUGAGACCCUAUCUGGAAAAAACCUAUCACAGAAAAGGACUGGUGGAGUAGCUCAAGGUGUAGGCCCUGAGUUCAAGCCCCAGUACCGCUAAAACAAGCAAACAAAAAGCAGAUGUGUUUUGUAGAGGAUUACAUUGGUCAAAAUUUAUAAACUUUGUGAGAAAUUAUUUGGACAGUGAAAUGCAAACAUGCUGUAUGUCAUCCCACUAGACAGCUAAGCAACCUCUCCUUUGUUGUGGAAGUUGAAUCAUGCCUUAGCUAAUUGAGCAUAAAAUAAUCUUCUACUGAGCUAUUUUCCAGUCAGGAAAAGUUGUGCGUAUAUUUCCUGUUUAUUAUUGGCUUCUGACUUCCUCUCAAAAUGGAGGUGUCAGGCUAUGCAUAGCAAACUCCAGGGAUAACACAUAUGACUUAGCUCUUAUUUUUGCUGUAAGAUUCUCUUCACUUAUCAAAUUCUUGGGAAUCCUAGUUGUGUUGCAUCAGGGAAGCCUGAGGGAUUUGUUCUCAUCAUCCUUGCGUACCUAUCACUUUUGAAGUCCUAGCAUGGUUACUUCUCAUUUCUUAUUGAUUUUUCCUUAAUAGGCUUUCUUUGUUCCAUUAUCACAAAAUAGCUAAAAGAACAUUUUCACUAUCUAAUGUACUCACUAUUCUUACACUAAAUUUUUGAAAUAAUUGAACUUGGUGGUCAAAAUAUUAUUUGCUGAGUACAAGUCAUUACUGAGAAUUCAUAGUCCAGCUAAUCCUAACAGGUGGUAGCUUUCUCAGAUCUUCCCCAUCUGAGUUCACAGAACCAAAUAAUGAAGUGAAAAUCAUUUCCUUUCAUUCUCACCCUGUUCUCUAGAGCACAAAUAAAUCUUAACCAAUAAUUGAAAGUACUUCAUAGGAGGGCAGAGAUUGGAAUUCUCUACACAGAGUGGCUGCAUUGUUAAUUCGUUUGCUACUUUGUUGAGAGAUGGGGACUUUCAUUAGAAAGGAAGACAUAAUUAAAGUGUUAAUUUUUCUAAUAUUUUGUUAUGAAAAAUUUUAGCAAAUAGAAAAAAGAUGUGAACAUACACCACAUGGAUUUAAAAAUUAUAAACUGCUCACUUUUAAGCAAAGGUAAUCCUAACCUUCUGCUAGAAGUAUGCAGUUAGAGAGUAUAUUCCCUGUGGACAGUAUCUGCUCUCCUAUGUCAAGAGCUCCUGGCUUCUAGCACAUCUGUUUAUUCAACAUGGGUUACCUAGGAGGUAGUCUUCACAAAAAUGGUCCUUGGUCUCCAUCUUUCAAAACUCCUGCUGUAUUUACCUGCCUUCUUCAGGCUAUGAUCUCUGCCAUUUUCCUCUCUAACUGUGUGUCACUGUGAGGUAAUUUUGAAGCUGCUUUGGAAAGACUUUAUGCUAAUCUGUCACUUUAUGACACAUCCUCAGGACUCUGAAAUUCAAACUCAGUACUCAGAGAACAUGUAGCUUUAUCAUGGAAGUAGGUAGAAACUUGAAAUUAGACUGUUCUUAGUUAUCUUUUUUUUCAUAAUGAAUUGAUUAAUGCACUUUAAAAAUAUUUUUAUCUGUUAUGUAGGAAAACAUAAUGAACUUUUAAAAAAAGUAUGUAUAUUGUCCCAUUAUGAUAUGGAUAUGGAAGAGUUAACUCUGUAAGUUCACUGUUUUAUAUUAAUCAGUGGAAUUAGAUAUUAUCGUGAAAUUUAUAAUAUAUAAAUUUUGUUUUUGAUGAGCCAUACCCAGUCCUUUCAGAGAAUUAGGUGAAAUCCAAACCCUAAAGUCUGUGUGUUGUAUUUUAAAAGACCCCUUCUCUGCAGAAAUUUGCCAUUAAUCUCAAAGUCUAUAGUUACAAGGUAUGGACUUGAGUGACCCAAAUA